AGCUGCCAUGUGACUGAGAGGUUGUGACGGGAUAACUCCGAGAAAAAAAAAGGAAUACAAGAGGACAUGCUGUGCUCGGCCUCGUCGCCGCCUCCUCCCGCCGGCGGGCAUGCCGCCGCCGACCACCACGCGCGCCUGAGGUCCGCGGCCACGCGCUCCGACCUGCCGGGCGCGCUCGCCGCCUUCGCCGCCAUGUCCAGCUCCGCGUCCGCCAGCCCCGUCCUCCGCACCUUCACUUCCCUCCUCAAGCUCUGCGCGGCGCGCGCCGACCUCGCGACCGGCCGCGCCGUCCACGCGCAGCUCGCCGCGCGGGGGCUCUCCGCGGAGUCCCUCGCCGCCACGGCGCUGGCCAACAUGUACGCCAAGUGCCGCCGGCCGGGCGACGCGCGCAGGGUGUUCGACCGUAUGCCCGUGCGGGACCGCGUCGCCUGGAACGCGCUCGUGGCCGGGUACGCGCGGAACGGGCUCGCCGGGGCCGCCAUGGAGAUGGUCGUCCGGAUGCAGGAGGAGGACGGGGAGCGGCCCGACUCCGUCACGCUCGUGUCUGUGCUGCCCGCCUGCGCCGACGCCCAGGCGCUCGGGGCCUGCCGCGAGGUGCACGGGUUCGCGGUCCGCGCUGGCUUCGACGAGCUCGUCAAUGUCUCCACGGCGAUCCUUGACGUGUACUGCAAGUGCGGGGCGGUUGAGGUUGCCAGGGCUGUCUUUGAUCGGAUGCCGGAUAAGAACUCUGUUUCUUGGAAUGCCAUGAUCAAGGGGUAUGCUGAGAAUGGGGAUGCUACUGAGGCUCUCGCGCUGUUCAAGAGGAUGGUGGGGGAGGGCGUUGAUGUGACGGAUGUAUCUGUGCUGGCAGCAUUGCACGCCUGUGGUGAGCUUGGGUAUCUUGAUGAGGGGAGACGUGUCCAUGAGCUACUCAUGAGAAUUGGGCUGGAGUCAAAUGUGUCAGUGAUGAAUGCGCUGAUCACCAUGUACUCCAAGUGCAAGAGGACCGACCUCGCUGCCCAGGUUUUCGAUGAGGUGCGCUACAAGACACGGAUCUCCUGGAACGCCAUGAUCCUCGGGUGCACACAGAAUGGAAGGUCAGAAGAUGCAGUCAGGCUCUUCUCUAGGAUGCAGCUGAAAAAUGUGAAGCCUGAUUCGUUCACUCUCGUCAGUGUCAUUCCUGCACUUGCCGACAUCUCAGAUCCACUGCAGGCAAGAUGGAUCCAUGGUUACUCUAUCAGGAUGCACCUAGAUCAGGAUGUGUAUGUUCUGACAGCCCUUAUUGACAUGUACGCAAAAUGCGGCCGUGUCAGUAUAGCUAGAAGUCUCUUCAACUCAGCAAGGGAGAGGCAUGUUAUCACAUGGAAUGCGAUGAUCCAUGGGUACGGCUCACAUGGUUUUGGCAAGGUUGCAGUUGAGCUGUUUGAAGAGAUGAAAAGUUCUGGCAGAGUGCCCAACGAGACGACAUUCCUUUCGGUCCUCUCGGCAUGCAGUCAUGCUGGUUUGGUUGAUGAAGGGCGGAAAUAUUUUUCGAGCAUGAAGGAGGACUAUGGGCUUGAACCUGGGAUGGAGCACUAUGGUACCAUCGUGGAUCUUCUUGGCCGAGCUGGGAAGCUAGAUGAAGCAUGGUCUUUUAUCCAAAAGAUGCCUACGGAUCCUGGCAUUAGUGUUUACGGUGCAAUGUUAGGCGCUUGCAAGUUGCACAAGAAUGUGGAAUUGGCAGAAGAAUCAGCGCAGAGGAUCUUUGAGCUAGGGCCAGAUGAAGGUGUGUAUCAUGUCCUCCUAGCUAACAUUUAUGCAAAUGCUUCAAUGUGGAAGGAUGUUGCAAGGGUUAGAACUGCUAUGGAGAAGAAAGGCCUCCAAAAGACUCCUGGAUGGAGUAUUGUGCAGCUCAAGAAUGAGAUUCAUACCUUCUAUUCUGGAAGCACAAAUCACCAGCAGGCAAAGGACAUUUAUGCAAGGUUGGCUAAGCUAAUAGAAGAGAUCAAAGCUGUGGGGUAUAUGCCGGACACUGAUUCUAUACAUGAUGUAGAAGAUGAUGUCAAGGCACAGUUACUCAACACCCACAGCGAGAAACUUGCCAUUGCAUAUGGACUCAUCCGCACAUCCCCUGGUACAACAAUUCAGAUAAAGAAGAACCUCCGCGUCUGUAACGACUGUCACAAUGCAACCAAGUUAAUAUCUCUGGUGACAGGACGGAAAUAAUCAUGAGAGAUAUUCAACGAUUUCACCAUUUUAAGGAUGGUAAAUGUUCAUGUGGAGACUACUGGUAGUGAAGUGUUGAAGGCAGUCUGAAUAUGGAUUUUGAGAUGAUAAAACUUCGCACAGCUACUAUACAACAAUGAACUCCACUGCCACUUUGAGUGCAUUAAUAGAUGCCAGGUUCAUCAGGCUUGUUGAUGACCAUGUUGGUUCCCCUCCAGCCAGAUCCGAUACUCCCCGGAACACAAUCACAGCGCAAUAAAUUUUGUGUCCUCGCAAGGAAACUGGAUUUAAAGAUGACCAGAUUCCAGUUUUUAUCUGUAUCUGCAGUUCUGCACUCACCAGUAUUGCAACAUGAAAUGGGGAAUUAAAGCUAAUUACAGUAGGAGGGUACCUUCCAUGUCCAAGCGCCUGUAUAAGCAACUAACUUGGGGACACUGACAUCUCCAAAUGACAUUGAAUCAUUAGAGCUGCCUGCUGUGCCAUAAUGGACAAUACCAGACACGGUAAAGACAUCGAGGAGAGUUUGUACAGUGACAGCUGCAUUCAACUGGAAUAACAAAGAAACAGUGGUUACGGGAAAGCCGAAAGCGAUUCGGAUCAGAAACGGGUGGCGGAGACUCACCGUAGAGGUCAACGAAAGGCUGGACACGCCAAGGCCUGAAGUAGCCGGAGGCCUGGAGCGCGGUGUCCUCGGCGACGUACGACAUGACGAGACCAAUGGACGGGCCGUGCCUGUUCGCCCUGUCGACCUGCUGCCGCACCCGGUCCAUCCCGGCCAGCGCCGGCAGGGCCGUCGUUGACGAGCUGGCCAGCAAGCAGAGCAGCAGGACCAGCGGCAGGCGGGAGAGCUCCAUGGCCAUGGCUGGCGUGGACAGGGAGCAAGCAAGCCAGCAAGGAGCAAACUCAGAAGCACAACGGUACGAGAGGAUGGAUGGGGCAGUUUAAUUAGCUCCGCCGGUCUCUGGUCCGCGAUGGUGAUUGGGUUGUGUUGGGUUGGUGGAGAACGUGAUGAGCGUGCUCCCAUUUUUUAUACUCGGAUGUGAUUCCGGAUGUCUCUGUCCAAGGAUUUGGGCCACCAAGCAAAAUCACGUGUUGAAUGUUGUACUGGGAAAAACAUGGCAAAACAGAGGAGGGAUAUUCAUAGUUUUUA